AUGUCAAGAAGGACCGCCGGGAUCAUCCAAAGAUGGAACAUGGUGUGGUUGGCACUACCAGUGGUCCCGGGGCGGGGAGGGGGUGAGAGGUGGCUUCGUUUUUCCAAAUGCAAAAAGAAAACAAAAACAAACCCAAAUAAACGGAAAAAGCAAUCCCCGGAGGGAGUGGCGGCCGACGAGGACCCUGCUCAGGAGGAGAUGAGCUCUCUAGUCUACCCGAGCCUGGGCAUGAAGGACCGGAAAGCCCUGACCAUCCUCCACUACCCUGGGGUGGGCGUGAGCGGGAGCAAGGUCAGCGCAGCCCCCCACGCGGGCUCGGCCGGACUGAUGGGCUCCCCCGCGGGUCCCCCACCCUCCAAGCCCCCGACCUUCAGCCUCCAGGCCGCCCCUCACCUGCUGGCCACCAUGCAGCUGCAGAAACUCAAUAGCCAGUACCACGGGGUGGCCGUGGCGGGGGAGUCGGGGACCCUCCAGACCUGGGGCUUCGGGGCCCAGCCCCUGGGGCCAGCAGGCCCGCUGCCCCCCACCCCCGGGACCCCCGGUCCCGGCAUCAUAGACUCCGACCCGGUGGACGAGGAGGUGCUGAUGUCCCUGGUGGUGGAGCUGGGACUGGACCGGGCCAAUGAGCUACCCGAGCUGUGGCUUGGGCAGAACGAGUUUGACUUCGCCGCAGACUUUCCCUCCGGCUGCUGAUGCCCAGAGAUGGAUGGAAGCCACUAUGUGUCUCCGAAGAAAGAGGGUGGGGAGGACCGUUGAUGCCUGGGGGGAGGGAAUGGGGGAUGGAGCGAUUUUCCCGCUGGAGCUCCUUAGAUUGGAAGGGGCUGAUGGCCAGAGGGGCUAAGCGAGCCGGAGAGGUGGGGAGGACUUGUUCUCAGCCCGGGAGAGACUCCAGGGCUGCGUGGACGCUACUCCUUGCUGGACUGAGGAGCUAAAAUUCUGGAGAAUUAGCACUGGACUGUGGAUGAGAGAGGUUGUCUUCUCUAACGGGUGUGUCUUCUCAGCCCUACCAGCCCUACGUUCCUUGGGUUAAUAAUCAAAGUGCCACUGGGGGAUGAGGUGAGGUGCUGGUUGCCUUCGGACUACUGGUCGACCUCCAAGGACAAAUGGAAGGGAGAAUGCCUCACUCCCUGCCUCUCUCCCUCCCGGUCCCCUUAUCAUGGCACUAUUGCAAGUCUCCCCCUCUCCCAUUUCUUUCCUUUAAAAAAAAAAAAAAUUCCUACAGAAGGGGAGGUGGGUGGUGAGCUCGGGCAGAUGUGUAUAUUUUUUUUAAAUACAAAAACUGAAGAGAUUCCAAAUACGCUGUCUGGGAGUGCUGUGUCGGAAGAGUGUCGCUCCUGCCCAUUUCUACCCACUGGGUUUGGUUCGGAGACCAGGGUGGGGGCGGGGAUGACACCAGUGCAUCAGUCAAUCAAUCGAUGGCAUUCGCUGAGAGCUUACGGUGGUCAGAGCUCUGAACUAAGCGCCUGGGGAAAAGCAUGGUUAAGUUGGAAGACCCCGCCAUCAGUGAGCUGACAGUCUGGGUGGGGAGAAGACAGCCGUCGAAAUGACAUUCCUAAGGUUCCAUCCAACCAUCUCCUCCUUCCUCCAGCUAGAAGCUGAUGGGAGAGUGCGGGGGAAAAUAUCUUUUGCAGCCCCGGAGCCUCGUAGGCCAGGACGUGAGCUGAUGAGUGCAGCGGGCUCCAGCAGGCUGAAGGUUUGCUGAUGAAAGCCCCUGUGGUUACCAGUUCAGGGGAAACAAUAAAAUAUUGUGCAGAGAAA